CAAUCUGUGAUCGACUGAUCGCGUCGUCCGCCGUCAUCGCGAGCUCCCCAUGAUCCCGCAGCUGCAGCAGUGCGACUUUUCGUAUUUGUGUCUUGGUUUGCAGUUUUGAAAUAUUUCAACUGGCUACUUUCACGAGGAAUAAUGUGUCCUUGAAUAUUGUCUGCAAAGUAAAGGAACAUGGCGAUGUCGAGUCAGCUUGUGCUUCCCAUGACAUUAUGGGGCAAGCUGGCUCCAACUCAUUGCAUGUCAUCAAUUUUCAUAACGAGAGAUCAAAAGACUGUUGUAUCUGGAUGCAACGAUGGACAGAUCUGCGUCUGGGACAUCGUCAACAACAAAACGAUCGUACCUCGAAGUAUGUUGUUCGGCCACACUGCCCCGGUACUGUGUCUUUCGAGCGGAGCGCUCUCCGGUGACAGUUCCUUGCUCGUCAGCAGCUCCGAGGCUGGGGAGAUGUCCCUGUGGGACUUGUCGGAUGGCCGUUGUUUGGAGAACACCAAGCUGCCCUACGUGCAUACCAACAUUCAGUCGUACAUAUUGAACGAGACGACGCACCUGUUUUGCAACGGCUACUACGCGGAAGUCCUCGUGUUGGACGUGAUGACGCUCACGGUGACAUUGACGUUGACAUCACGCGUCAGCCCCGACUGGAUCAGUGCCAUGCAUGUCGUGCGUCUCUCCAAUGAUGACACCGUAUUUGGGCUUUCAGUGUCUGGUACUGUCAAAGUGUGGAAAAUCAACCUAGAUGAAAUGCAGGGCACAGAUCAAGUGUACGAAGUGGAGUCGAAGCCGAUCCGCUGCCUCAACGCGCUGCGCUUGACGUGCUGCACCUUCAAUCAGCGCACAUUACUGGUCGUCUGUGCAAAGUACUGGCAGGUUUACGAUGCUGCAGACUACUCUCUGCUCUGCACGAUGGACAACCGUCCCGGUGAACGGUGGGUCGGUGGAGAUUUCUUUGCCUCGGAUCGGGUGGUUGCCUGGAGUGACCGCGGCCACGGAUAUCUCUUCCAACUUCCACCAAAUGCUGUGGCCGAAAGCAAGGAUUUUCACAGGGCUUCAAAGGCUGGACCCUUCCUCUACUGCAAACUGCAUGUUGCCGAUGAUGAGCACCUAGUGUGUCCACCUGCCAUGGCCUACCACUUAGGGAACCGUGGUGGAUUCCAACGCAUUCUUCUUCGAGGUGACUCCAACGGACGAGUGGCCCUUUGGAACAUCCACGAUGUGAGCGCCUCCGACAUAGCUCGGCUCAAGCAAGAAGCUGCAGCUGCAGUGCUAGCAUUGGGUCCCACCCUCACAAUGAGCCUGCAGGAAGCAUGGAACAAGAUGAAGCCACUGCCUCCAGGAAUUCUUGACAACAUGGAGGAAGGAGUGGAAGAAUUGAAGCUGACAGCCAGCGUGUACCUGCCACUGCAGGGACGCUUAGUGGUGGGGAGAGAAGAUGGUAGCAUCAUCAUUGUUGCCGCCACUCAAGCUGUCAUGCUGCAGUUGCUCUAUGGGAAGCACCACCACGACGAUCAGCCGACACAUCAGGUGCUGCACGGUCAUUCCGGGAAGGUGACCUGUCUACUUUACCCACACCACAUGCACCCACGUUACGAGAUGGCCCAUCUUGUAUCUGGAGGAGUAGACUUCUCUGUCUGCCUCUGGGAUCUCUACACUGGAACUUUGCUCCAUCGCUUCUGCUUGCAUGCCGGAGAGGUGCAGCAGCUUUUGGUGCCUCCAAACAACUGCAGUGGCCGCAUUCAGCAGUGCGUGUGCAGCAUCGCGAGUGACCAUUCUGUGGCCCUGGUUGGGCUCAAGGAACGAAAAUGUGUCAUGCUGGCAUCGAGACACCUUUUCCCCGUGGUACAGAUUAAAUGGCGACCCUUCGAUGACUUCAUGGUCGUCGGCUGUUCCGAUGGAUCUGUCUACGUUUGGCAGAUGGAGACAGGGCACUUGGACCGUGUCCUGCAGGGCCUAGCAGCAGAGGACGUGCUGAAUGCAUGCGAUGAACAGGGUACCAAUCAAGGAGGAGACAAGCUCAGUAAUCCGGCUCUGCAUCUCCUGCGAGGCCUGCGGCACCGUAACAUGGCAGCUAUCCGCCAUGCUGCUCAGAGGGGACUCGACCACCUUCACCAUCACCACCACAACCAGCAGCACCAAAACCACGACUCAACGGACGUGUCACGUUCUCGAGCUCAUCCCCUCAUCAUUCAGGGGUUGCGCACAAACCCCGUUGAUCAAGACAGCCACGUGCUUUUCUUCGACAUUGAAGCGCUCAUUGGGUGCUUGGUGGUUCUAAAAUUGAAACAACAAUCGGAGGCUCACGGUUCUAAGCUUCACAACAAGGAUGUCUCUGAGCUUCUCAAUGAGUUCAAAGUGCAACUCCUUUCCGAAGAAUACGCCCUUAUGUCGCCAGGAACAUUAGAAGCCCAAGGGCUGACCAACCAAACGGAACAUCACAAGUAUCUCAGCCUUUCUUCCUCAUCUGAAUCCCACAGGAAGCUUUCAGGUUUCAUUGCCAAAGUGAAGGACACUGCUGAAAGUGCGGCAUCAAAGAUCCAAGCUAAAGCUGAAAGCGUUGGCUUGAAAACUCCUCAAGUGGAUGCUGCUACAAAGAAUGCUCAUGGCAAAGCGGCUCAAGGAAACAAGCCUAAGCAGUUAAGCUUGGCCGACACCAACCUGACAAUGGAAAUUGCUCAGUUGUUGCUGUCCUUGCUGCAUGCUUGGGGACUUGACCCAACUCUAGACAAGGUGUGUGAGAGCAAACUGGGCUUGCUUUGCCCCAUGCGACCGAUCUGCUUUGGGUUGGUGUCCCGUGGUGGUCAUAUGUGUCUCUUGCUGCCCACCCAUGUCUACAAGCUGGUGCCAUGUGACGUUUCUCAGCUGUCUGCUGCCUCAGCUGCAAAGAAAUCUAAAGUUGUGAUGCCCAUCCCAAAGGAACAGCUAGACGAAGAAGAGCGUGCGCGCAAGUUUUCCUCCAGGGGCCACUGGGAGCUGUCGACGGCCAUGACCACCAACCACCUGCUGUCUGUAAUUGCAUUGGCAAACACCCUCAUGUCCAUGAACAGUGCCACUUUCGUUCCCGAACAAGAAAAACGUCGAAAGCUGCACAGACGUCUGAGCAGAGCAGACAGUGGGGCUUUCCUGUUUGCCGCAAUGGAGCGUGGAGGACGUUCGGUGGACAGCACAGGGGCCCUGGCUGUCAUACAGGAGGCUCUAACCCAGCAGCAGGCCCACAUUAAGCAGGGUUGGAGUCUCCUGGCUGCCCUCCACUGUGUCCUCUUGCCCGACCUAGUUGCCACACCAGACUUCAAACGGCCACAAGUGGAGAUCCUCGCUCGCCGAUGGCAGGAUCGAUGCCUCGAGGUUCGUGAGGCAGCUCAAGCCCUCUUGCUGGCUGAGCUUCGUCGCAUUGGGCCCAAGGGUCGCAAGGCAGUGGUGGAUGAGUGGGCGUGCUACCUGCCAAACUACGGGGAGUCCUUCACACAGCCUCAUCAUCAUCUAACGCAUCAAACUGUGCCGCCGUAUGCUGCUGCUGCUACACCACAGAUGCCUGGUGUCCCUCCGGUAACACCAUUGGCUGCAGAUGGGGGCAACGCGUUUCCAUCAGCCAGUCGGACCUCUUCUCUGGCCAGCACUCCAUCAGGCAAGGGAGAGUUGAUCCGUGGACCAGAAGGUCACAAUUCUUCUGAAGACGAAGAUGAAGAAGAGAGGGAAGGUGGAGAAACGGUGUCGCGUCAAAUGGGCAGUGCAACGGAGGCACGACGCAAACAGUCGACGGCCAUUGUGUUGCUGGCAGUGAUUGGAGCAGAGUACGGUCACGAGAUUGAGCAAAGCAAGCGGCGCACGGCGGAUGAUCAGAAAAAGAAGUCUCUCGUCGUGGAUGGUUUUGGCCCUAUUGGGCCCUUGGCUUGGCACACCAGCCAGGCAUUAGCCUACUUGCUGCUUAUGCCACCGAGCCCAUCACUUCCUGCUCACACCAACCUGCGACGCGCAGCCAUCGACCUCAUCGGUCGAGGCUUCACGGUCUGGGAGGCGUACCUCGACGUGUCACGCGUCCUACUGGCCCUCCUGGAGCUCUGCUGUGACUCCGAUAAGCUUGUACCCAGCAUGUCGUACGGGCUCCCACUGACUCCUGCGGCUGACUCGUGCCGAACAGCCCGGCACGCAUUGUCCCUGAUAGCAACUGCACGCCCUCCUGCCUUCAUCACGUCCUUGGCCAGGGAGGUUGCAAGAUAUAACACCCUGGCCCAGAAUGCACAGUCGCUCAACAUAUCCCUCCAUCAGACAGUGUUGAGCCGAGCUCGGCCAGAGAUCCUGCGCAUCGUCGAGCUGCUCAUCGAUAAGAUGCAGACGGAGGUUGCGGAGUUACUCGUUGAGGUUAUGGACAUAGUAAUCCACUGUCUCGACCCAACGCAGCUCAAGAUGAAGGGCCUUGUUGAAAUAUUCCCAGCCAUUUGCAAGUUCAACAACGUAAGCUACUGUGGGCUCACACGACGCAUUGCAGUAGGAGCCAAGAACGGCAAUUUGGCCCUGUAUGAACUACGCACAUCCAAGUCCCAGAAUAUCCCAGCGCAUUCGUCCGCUGUGGUGGCAUGUGCAUUCUCCCCGGAUGGAAAAUACUUGUCAACUUAUUCCAGCGGCGAAAAUAAGCUCUGCUUUUGGCAGACAGCAGCGGGUCUGUUUGGCCUGGGAAACGCGCAGACACGUUGCGUGCGAACGUACGCAACACCCCCGCUGUCAGAGAGCGUCAGGGCUAACCCCCUCAAGAUGGCCCGCUUGGUGUGGGUCACCAGUCGCCUUGUCAUCAUCCUUCUACCUGAUGGCAUCGAACACAGAUUCAGCCUCAGUUAAGCCUCAGCCUUCCUCCAAGUAUACACUCUUUGCUUGUUUCCACACCAUACUAUACUGAGAGAUGGCAUUUUCUCAGACUUGUUACUGCUGCACUUGAUUUGAUUGGCCACGACUGGUCAUAUGAUUGAUGGAUUGUGAUUAUAAUCGAAUCUGUUUUCUACUACUAUCAUUCCAGCAGCUGUCAGUUUCUCAUUCGAUGGAUUAUAAAUGGGUCCUUCUUUUGGAAUAUCCACAGACAUCCACCCAAAAGUAAAACAUAAGAAAAAGAUGUCAUAUUGCGUGUGCAUACUGUUCAUGAUACAGGAUCUGCAAAAAUGACCACCAUACUGUUUUUACUGCGCAUAAAUAUGUUGUAUAAUACUUUGCAUGCUUAAUGUAUGAUCAUGCUGUAGAUGUGUUUAGCCUUCUUGAAUGCAAUCGAAGGGUGUCUCUCAUCAUCCACAUAUCUUCUGCAGACCUUGUUUCCUAGCAUGCAGUUCUGUACCGCCUUGCAGCCGUUGACCUCAACUAUACGUCAACAAUAUUGGUCAACUAUGGUUUGCAACAUGAUCGAAAGUGUCUCUUGAAUUUGCUAGUGAUUAUUAUUACUGCGUUAUUAUUGUGAGGAAAUGGACGAUGAGCCUCGUCUCAAGCUUACGCUUGCUUUUUGAGCAAACUUGCGAAAGCUUGACUGAAACGCUGCGUUAAGCACCUUAGCUACUACCAUCGUAAGUGGAAUACUGUGUGGACGUGAUUGUCUUCGAGUUAUUGAGAGUGAAAUAUGUGACUAUCGAGACACAGCCCAGAUGUGUCUGCAAACAAAUGUAUCGUUAAUUAGGUGGGAUAAAACAGGAAGGGCAACUGUUCUUUUUGCAGGUGUCAUCCCACCUUCAUGCUGUAGCUUUCUCAGGAUCUGCUUUGGAGAUUUCUUAUGAUGGUUUAUGUACACAUAAUGUUACACGAUGAAACAAUGUUAUUCCCGAAUCUCUAGUCAUAUAUAGUGGUGCAAUAAAAUCUGGAUAAAGUU